ACUUCAUACGUAACGAUGAGAAACCGCGUUAAGACCCAGCCAUUGGAGCUCGUCAACAACGACGGCGUACUUAUGUAUCUGGUAAUGAUCUACAACGACGCCAACCAGCAAAUCAACCUCUCAAUACUACAAAAGCGAUCUGCAGCGAAGUAUCGCUCGCAUGUGAUUGUGCUUAUCAACAAUUCGGAUGCCAUCACCGAGGCUUGGUUGCGUCGCACCUUUGCGAUCUUCUGGCAGAUUUGGUAUCUCAACGUUGUAAUAAUGUUUGAACGCGAAAGCGAGUUGCACGUCUAUAGAUACAACCCGUUCGCCGACGAUUUGCUUAUAAAAAUUCAUUUAGACCAGCGCACGCUACCGCACGGGGACGAGCUCUUUCCGAAGAAGCUGCCGGAUAUGGGCGGCAAAACGUUGCGCGUGUGUAUGUAUUACGACGAAGUGCGUGCCAUCUUCGAAAAUGGCAACGACAACCAACGCAUAACCGGUAGUGAUGGACUCAUGUCCGCGUUUAUCGCGGAACGGUUCAAUGCUAAGCGUGUCAUAAAUCGUGUCAGUAGCUUUGGUAACUUUACAUUGAAAGCGGAUAUUUGUUUCCAGGAAAUUGCGCAGGAGAUAGACGACGUGGCAUUAAAUACACGUUUCCUGGCGGUGGUGACUUUUUUACGACAAGUUGAAUAUACGAUCGUGCACGGCCGCGAUGAUCUGUGCAUGUUAGUGCCCAAGGCCAAGAUCGCAACAACAUUUUGGAAUCUGUUUCGUUCCUUCACAGUGCCGGUUUGGUUGUCCAUAUGUCUGUCGAUACCGCUGGCCUACCUAUUUUGUAAUUUAGUGCAUCUGCGUCUGCAUAAGUCGGAAUGCGAUCUACUUCAAUUGUACGCCACCACACUAACAAUGCCAUUGACGCGAACUCCGACGCGCACCCCGCUGCGCAUAUUUCUUUUUUAUUGGCUCUUCUACGGCAUGUUGAUUUGUAAUGCUUUCAAGGGGAAUCUCACAAGUAGUCUCGUCUUUCGCACUUAUCUGGAGGACAUCAACACCCUAAAGGAUUUGGCCGAGUCACCUUAUGACAUGCUGAUUUUUUCCAGGCAUAUCAAACAUAUAAAUCGUUCACUGAACAUUAGUAAUCCCUACGAAGCCAUUAUCAAGCGCAAAGUAGUUGUUGUGCCCGACGAAUACUUUGUAGGUAAAGUCCAAGAAAAUAACCUGGCAUACGCGUAUCUCCUAAAAAGUCAUUUUGCGGUGUUCCAAGCGAACGCGCGUGUUCACUCAUACUGGGGCAGACCGCUCUUCCAUGUGAUGUCCACUUGCCUGGUGCCAUUUCAUGCUGUCUACAUCGUGCCUUAUGGGUCGCCAUAUUUGGGCUUUAUUAACACGCUGAUACGCAGCUCGCACGAGUUCGGCUUUAGCAUCCAUUGGGAGCGGCUCAUGAACGCAGCCUUCAUAGAGUCUGGGAAGAAGACCGUUCGCAAUCCCAUGAACGCCGACGAUCCGGUUGUGCUUAAUUUGGCGCAUUUUCAAACGGCUUUCGGUCUGCUAUUGGUUGGAUUGACAAUAGCUUUGGUAAUAUUUGUAUGGGAGCUCUUUAAACAUCGAAGUUCACAGAUUUUGGAAGAAAAAAAGUGCGAUUUCAGUGUGCACUUUAUAAAAGCUAAGGCAAUGACAUGA